UCACGUUUUUCCAAGAUGGCACUUAAAUAGGUGCUUAAGUGCUUGGUUAAAUUAAGAUUGCUUCAGUGGAACUUAGGUGUUGUGCUGGUAAGUAUGCACAAAGCUGCAGAUGUUAACAGGCCUGUUUGAUUCCUUGCAGAUCUGUGGUCACAGGAGAAUUCUCCAGACAACGCUGCAAAUAACACGUUCACAUCCUCCUUUGGGGAAACAAGAGCUUUGGCUACAAACUUUGAGCUAUCGACCAUUAAGCUCAGCAUCCUAAUUUGGUGCCGUCCUAGGGAGGAUGAAUCAGGAGAGCAACUCAAGUGAUCAGCCUGGCGGCCAGGACCCACUGCUAUUGCUGAAAACCCUUCAGCUUCUCUGGACAAAGAAAGAGAUGAAGCAGCUCAAGGAAGAGAUCAGGCGGGGCUUUGCGGGACUGGAGGACCCAUUGGCAGGACUCCUGGACAUGUUGGAGAACAACAGUGACUGGAAGGGGAAAGGGCAUUCCCUUGGGUAUUACAUCACCAGUGAGUUGCAGCUUUGGAUAAAAGAGCAUCCUGCUGUUCAACAGUCUGGCAUGAAGCUGAAGAAGCUGCAGGCCCGUGUAUUCAGAAUACUAGCCCAGUGCCCAGCUAAUCUUCUUGACCCUCUGAUUAGCAUUUACCAGCUCCAUACAGCAGACCGGAACUAUUUGCUUGGACAUGUCAGUCAUCUUUAUCACAAGGGCGAUUACAAAGAGGCAGCGAUACUUAGUAUUAAGCUAAAAUUGCAACCAGAUCAAGAUGUGGAGAAGAUGUGUACACCGCUACUGCUUCAAGAUAAAACUAACUUGGUGGAAGCUUACGUGGGAGAAUAUCCUGAGCUCCAGUGCAAGCUCUUGCAGAUCCUGGACACGUGGUGUGAACCCAGUUUUAAUAUCAAAGACAUCUCAAGACAAUACCAAGGCUUGUCCAAAUACAAACCAGAUAAAUUUAACCACAAAAUGCUAAGCAAACUGGUCUUCAGGCUCCUAGAACGAUUUAACGUAGAUCCAGCUCUCUGCCCUAAUGUCAUAAAUCAGCGGCACUUGAGAACUCUGAAUUAUCUCUUCUACAAGAGGUUUGUUGAGAAAAGCAUGACUCAGGAGAACUGGACGGAUCAUGUUCAGAACACGGUUGGAGAGAAUCGGUGGCUACAAGGGCACCUGAUACAGUUGCUAAUCAGUUAUAGUGAUAUGACCACAGCUGCGAGAUGGGCUCAGCGCUGCAAUUUGCCCAAGGAGAUGCUGCCUUAUGGAGUGGCUGAUGAACUGCAAAGGCUUAAGAUCCAAGAGAGGGUAGAAGAGGCCGAAAAAGCAGAGAAUUAUGAAGAGGGUAAGAAGAAGGAUUAUUACCAGCCACCUAUUCCACGGGCAAAUAUUCACUUUCUGCAGACGUGGGAAGAGAUGCUGCAGUGCUGGGAAAAGGUGCUGAGGCCUGGACAGGUGGUGGGCAUUGACAUGGAAUGGAGGCCUUCGUUCGGCGUUGUUGGGAAGCCACGCGUCUCCCUCCUUCAAAUCGCUGUGGGUGAGGAGGUGUUCCUUCUGGACUUGCCGCAGCUUCUUGAGCAAGCUGAGAGGGAGGAUGAGAAGGAGAAGCUUUCCCAUUUCAUCCAGAGGCUCUAUUUGGAUCCAGCCAUCACUAAACUCGGUUAUGGGAUGUCUGGAGACCUUAACAGCCUUGCAGCCACAUGCUCUGCUUUGAAAGACAUGGAUAAGCAAUCUCAAGGUGUAGUGGACCUACUCACAGUAGACAAACAACUGCAGAAGAGCUCCAUUGACUGGAAGAAGAGUGGCCGGAAGGUCAAUGUACUGUCCCCAGAGCCGAGCUGUGAGGACAGAGCAUUCAGGCAGCCGGAAAGAGGGCUGAGCCUGUUGGUGCAACAUGUACUGGGGAAACCUCUAGAUAAAACGGAGCAGCUGUCUAACUGGGAGAAACGGCCUCUCCGGGAGGAACAGAUCCUCUAUGCAGCUUCGGAUGCGUACUGCUUAUUGGAGGUCUAUGAGAAGCUGUGCAAGGAUCCAGCAAGCUUUGGUCUAAGUUCAAACCUGACUGAGAGUCUGAUGGGAAAACCAAGCAUAAAACCCAGGGCAAAGAAGCAGCUGAAUAAACAAGAAGUAUCAUCAUCUUCUGGACAGCAAUGCAAAGGGUUUGAUGAGGAGGCUUCGUGUUCCCCUGAUCCCAUCUCCCCAAAGGAGUUCAGUGUGGUGUGUGAUAACAUGUUGCAAGGCCUUGGGCGCUAUCUCCGCUGCCUUGGUGUGGAUGUCCGGAUUCUGGAGAAUGAAGAUGACCAUAGGAAAGCUGCUGAGAUUGCCCGACAGGAAGGAAGAGUCAUUUUAACCUCUGGACUCCCAUAUCAGACUCUGCAGUCCCAGGUGGGAGAAGGAAGGUGUUUCUCCGUGAACUGCUCAGAAAAGGCAAAAGAACAGGCCCUGCAGGUUCUGAAGCACUUCAAUGUUCAAGUAACCUUGGCGGAUAUCUUCAGUCGCUGCCAGGUGUGCAAUUGCAACAAGUACCUGAAGAUCUCCAAAGAGAGGAUGAGGCAGCUGAUGGAGGACAGCAGACACUCAACGGCAGAGGAUGAUGCAAGCCACCUGACAAGAGCUGAAGAGAAGCCAAGCCAAACCUGUGAUGCUGCUACACCGGCCCAUGAUUCACCCCAGCCCAUUUACAACCCAAACUGCCAGUGUCUGGAGGAUUCAGACCUCACUGGGGAGUCUGUGAUGCUGGCAAAUGGCACGGUCCUGCAGGUCUCUGCCAUCCCGCCUGGGGUGCUGGACAAAGCCGAGCUCACCUACUUCUACUGCUGCACCUGCUGCGGGAAGGUGUUCUGGGAAGGGUCUCAUUUUGGACGCGUCGUUUCUCAGUUUAAGGAUAUUCUUUCUGCCAUGGAGGAUGACCACAGCUUCUAUGACCUGAGCUGAGGGGGAUGUUGGCUGUGUGGGAAGGCUGAGGAAUGGGCUGGGGAGCCUGGGGGAUGCUGACUCCCCGAUAAACCUCAGCAGGUUUUCCAGGCCAUGGGCUUUCCUUUGAGGUGAAGGGUUGGAAGCUGGGCUCUUAGGGAGAGCCUUGUUUUGGGGUAUACGGUGGAGGGGACUGCCAUGUUUACACUGACGGGGCAAUGGUAUGCAACAGCCUUAAAUCACGUGGCCUCCAUGAGAUCAUUAAAUCAGAGGU